ACAUUCGAAACCAUGGAGUACUUCAGUUUGAAGAGAUCGACCGUUGCCGACCGCGGCCAGGCCAACCUGUCAAGCAAGGUCUAUGUGCGGUCAACGAAGAGUGGCAAGGUCCAAAAGAUUGUGAGGGAACUGUACCUGCGACAAGACAUCCCAUGUUCGUCAAAUCUUUGCAGAGAAUGCCUGGAGAUUGCGCCGACAGAUUACUCGAAGAAAGUUGCACCGUUCGUACUUUCAGAUACACCAGCAGGGUCCAAGAACUUCCCUAACGGACGGUAUCUCGUUCCGGACACUAAUGCUUUUCUGACCGGAAUGGACUUAUUUGAGGUCGAGACAGCUUUCCAUGAUGUCAUAGUACUGCAGACUGUGCUUGAGGAGGUUAAGAACCGAUCAUUGCCACUCUAUCAUCGUCUGAUUGCAUUGACGAAGAAUGAGGGGAAACGCUUCUACGUCUUCUUCAACGAAUUUCGUCAAGAGACACACAUCCCCCGUGACCAGGGAGAAACCAUCAACGACCGCAAUGAUCGAGCUGUCAGAAGAGCUGUACAGUGGUACAACCAGCACAUCACCGAAGCAGUAGCUGCGCGAAGCAAGAAACAGAAGCGCAUACCUACUGUGGUCAUGAUCAGCGAUGACAGAGACAACCUGCGUAAGGCCAAGGCAGAGAGUGUACCUGGUAUUACGCUAUCUGACUUCGUGUCUGGUCUCGAGAACGCAGAUGAGCUAUUGGACAUGAUCAGUGCCGCACAGGAGCAAAGAGAGGUCCGCUCGAAGAAGCCUGAAGUGUUCUAUCCGGAUCACCUCUCGGUAUCUAAGAUGAUGACUGGCGUUAAAGCUGGCACCAUGCACCAAGGCAUAUUCAAUGUUUCGCAGUACAAUUACCUAGAAGCCUCGGUGAAGGUCCCCGCAUUUGAUAAAUCUCUCAUCAUCUUGGGACGAGAAAACAGCAAUCGAGCAGUUUCCGGCGACGUCGUAGUUGUUGAAGUACUACCUCAGGAUCAGUGGAAGGCGCCAUCGACAAAAAUCGUGGAGGAAGACACUGUGGCCAAAAACGACAACGCCGAACAAGAGGAGGGCGAGAACGUCGUGACCGAGAGGGAGAAGCGAGCACUGCAAGAGGAGGUCAAGCGCGCGCACGGGCGAAGCACAGAAGGCAAGGCGCAGCCAACGGCUCGCGUCGUGGGUAUAAUUAAGCGCAACUGGAGGCAAUACGUGGGGCACAUCGAUCGCGAUUCCGUACGUUCAACAGCGAAGACAAGCAGGCAGCAACAGACAGUCUUCCUUGUACCUAUGGACAAGACCGUACCUAAGAUCAGGAUACGGACUCGUCAAGCCGGAGAGCUUCUCGGGCAGCGUGUUCUAGCGACUAUCGACUCAUGGGAAAAGGACUCAAGAUACCCUGUUGGCCACUUUGUGCGCUCGUUAGGAGAGCUGGAGUCCAAAGGUGCCGAGACGGAAGCUCUUCUGUUGGAAUGGGACGUACAGUACAAGCCCUUCCCCAAGACGGUACUGGAUUGCCUACCUGCUGAAGGACACGACUGGAAGGUGCCCGUGAGCACAGAUGAUCCAGGCUGGAAGGGGCGAAGAGAUCUGCGUGAUCUCAUUGUCUGUAGUAUUGACCCUCCUGGUUGCGUUGAUAUCGACGAUGCACUACACGCAAGGAAGCUGCCAAACGGCAACUACGAGGUCGGUGUGCACAUCGCUGAUGUAUCACACUUUGUGAAGCCAAACAACGCUAUGGACAAGGAAGCUAGUCAACGUGGUACAACGGUGUACCUUGUUGAUAAGCGCAUCGACAUGUUGCCGAUGCUUCUCGGAACAGAUCUCUGCUCACUGAAGCCGUAUGUUGAGCGAUAUGCUUUCUCUGUCAUCUGGGAGGUCAACGAGAAUGCCGAUAUCAUCAACUCACAGUUCACAAAGUCGGUUAUCCGUUCAAGAGAAGCCUUCAGCUACGAACAAGCACAACUACGCAUCGAUGAUGCAUCACAGCAGGACGAGCUGACAACCGGCAUGCGUACAUUGCUGAUGCUAUCUCAAAAGCUGAAACAAAAGCGAAUGGACGCAGGAGCACUGAACCUUGCAUCGCCCGAAGUCAAGGUCCGAUCAGAGUCUGAGACUUCAGACCCGGUUGACGUCCACGUCAAGAAGUCAUUGGCCACGAAUUCCCUUGUCGAAGAGUUCAUGUUACUCGCCAACAUCAGUGUCGCGGCAAGGAACUACGAAGCCUUCCCCCAGACCGCUUUGCUACGUCGCCACGCUGCGCCACCCAAGUCCAACUUCGAGGAGCUCGCAAACCAGCUGAAGGUUAAGAAAGGUCUGGAACUUCGGAGUGACAGCUCUGGUGCAGUAGCAGACUCACUCGACAAGUGCGUGGAUCCGAACAACCCAUUCUUCAACACCCUCGUCAGAAUCAUGGCCACACGGUGCAUGAUGUCUGCAGAGUACUUCUGCGCUGGUACACAAGCGUACCCUGAGUUCAGGCAUUAUGGUCUUGCGAGUGAGAUCUACACACAUUUCACAUCACCCAUCCGUCGUUAUGCCGAUCUCGAAGCCCAUCGACAGCUUGCCGCCGCGAUCGAGUACGAACAGCUCGAUGCCAGCCUGCAUUCGAAGGCUAAGCUCGAGGCUGUCUGCAAGAACAUCAACGUCCGUCAUCGUAACGCACAGAUGGCUGGACGUGCUUCGAUUGAGUACUAUGUCGGCCAAGCGCUGAAGGGUAAGGACAUUACGGAGGAGGGGUUCAUUAUGAAGAUCUUCUCAAAUGGCUUCGUUGUCUUCGUGCCACGCUUUGGUAUUGAGAGCUUGAUUCGUCUGAGAGACCUGGCUACACCUGAGCCGGACGCUGAGUUCGAUGCUGACAACUACCAAUUGAACAUCAAGGGCGACUUGAACAGGAGCGUUGAGCUGUUUGAGAGGGUCAUGGUCAGGAUUACGGAUGAGGUGGAGGAGAGCACUGGAAAGAGGAAGGUCAAGCUGACUCUGGUGUAAAUCCUUAGCACAGAAGAGU